ACAGGCGUUUGUCGUGCCUUAAAAAUCUUUGCAAAGUUAGUUUUUUUCUGCGUAUAAGUGUAUUAAUUUUCUAGAUUUUGAAAAUUCAGUGUUCAAGGAUAGUAUGUUUGAUAUGUGGUGCGGGAAAAAAUUUUGGAAAGCCACUAGUGUUUUUAUUUUCGAUUUGAGGAAUAACGUCUUAUAAUAAAGGAGUAGAAGUCAUGUCUCUUGGAACCAAGAAAUAUGCUGCUUUCGCCAAUCCUGCCAGCGAUUCUAAUCUUCCUUCCUGCAACCCAGACUUUCGAACCAUGUGAUGGAAUUUUCUGUCCGCCCCUAGUAUCCAGGCCGAAAAUUUCUAUCGAAAACGAAGGUCCUGCUCCAAUCUUCCUAGGGAGAGAUGCUGAAAGUGGGUGCCUAUGCCGAGAAUACCCCAAUGUGUACGUAGUCUGCUUCGGCAGACUGCUCUGUCAACGAGUACCUUUGGAACUAAACGUCACCACCCCCCUUUUGAAAUUAACUGGUACCCAUGUAGUGGAGUUGAAGCCAGGUGAUUUCCGCUCUUUACCUCAUCUUGAAGCCCUACAACUGGAUGGCAAUUAUAACUUAACGACGAUACUGCCCGGCACUUUCAACUCCAACUUGACCAAACUGACUAAUCUUUCUAUUUCCUUCAAUCCCGUGCUGAAAACUCUCCAUCCCAGAUCUUUCGAGGGCCUAGUCAAUUUAAAGACUUUGUAUCUUAUUAAGAACGGAUUUGAAAGCAUUUACGACGUGUCACAGUCUUUGUCCUUGCAAAUCCUUCCAAAUUUAUUCAAGUUGUCCCUCAAUGAAAACUACUUCAAGAACAUUUCCAGUGACGAUUUCAGUCCAAUGGAGAAUUCCUCAUUGAAGGAACUAGGCCUAGUCCUUUGCAGGUUGGAACACAUGCAUCCAGACUGUUUUACUCCCUUAAAGAACUUGGAAGCUUUGCGCUUGGGAGAGAACAACUUCAAUACUACAGUUAUCACUGCUGUCAUCUCAAGAACUGUAAAAUUAGGUGUGCCACUGAAGCAACUCAAUUUGUACUCGGUAGGAUUCAGGAAAAACCCUCCUAGGAAGCUUAUGGAAGUUAUAGCCAAUUCAAACAUCAGCCACUUGAACUUAGCUCGUAACCAGUUCGAAGUUAUUUCCAAAGAUACUUUUCCAUAUAUGCCUAACCUACAAUUACUGGAUUUAAGGGAAGUCUUAGCUCUGACGGCCGAAGCUGGAGCUUUCUACAACCUGCCAAACUUAAAAACCCUUCUGUUGAGUGAAAAUAAGUUCCAAUCUGUUCCACAGGAUGCAAUACCAAGCAACCUCACUUACUUAGAUCUGCAACAGAACUCUGGAAAUUUAUUUUACCCCUCAUAUUUUUGUAUAAAGAGUGGGAAGUUUGUCAAUUUGACUCAAUUGGCCUACCUGAACCUGAACUUUAAUAGGCUCAAUAAUCUCUUCAACACGAGCUUUGUAGGGUUGGAAAAUCUUCGUGUUCUAGGCUUGAAGAAUGGAACGAUCUAUCACAUCCACAAUGAUUCCUUCGUUCCUUUAACAAAUCUGCAAUUCUUGAACCUGGAAAACAAUUACUUUGUGACUAAUAACUACCCAGUUGGAAUCGAAAUAAACACCUUCAGAGGUCUGGAAAAUUUGAAGAUUUUGCUUUUGGGAGGUUGCGGAAUUACUUAUUUCUCCAUGAAUGGGAAUCCUUUCGUCCAUCUGAAAAACUUGGAACACUUGGGAUUGGAAAGGAAUGAAAUUAAAAGCAUUGCCCCCACAGUUUUCCUUCCAUUAGUGAGGUUAGGGACCAUAGACCUGUCAGACAAUAAACUUCUCGCCUGGCAAGAUAGAAUCUUUAGUAAGAAUUCCCAUUUGAAGACUGUGAUUAUGAAUAGAAAUAGAUUUAGUUUAGUGAGCGAAGCUAUGUUGGAUGAUUUUUCUAAUAUAACGGAUCUAGAACUAGAAAUGAAUCCGUUUUCCUGUGAUUGUGAAAGUUACCACUUAUUCCACGAGUGGUAUCGACAGCACCCUACACAUAGAGAAAUUGAUAGUUCAAAUAUAAAUGCGUUUUGUGCCUUCCCGGAGUCUGCACAAAAUUAUUCCCUGGCAGAAUAUUUUGAUAGCGUCCGUAAUGGUACCAUCGUUUGUGCUCCAAGAAGAAUUUCGAAACUGAUUGUCGUACUGCCCCUAGUGUUAUUAUUGUUAAUUUUUAUAUUCCUAGCCAUCGUCAUGUAUUACUACCGUUGGCAUAUACGGUACUGGGUCUUCCUAACCAGGCUCUACCUCAGCAGGAAAGGAAAGAUUAAGCCGAAUCCUGAGAAAAAGGGUUACAAUAACUAUAUCUAUGAUGCCUUUGUCUCGUACAGCAACGAAGACAGGAAUUUUGUAGUGAGACUGGUGUCGAUGUUAGAAAACUAUGACCCCUUUUUGAAGCUCUGCGUCUACGACAGGGACUUCCAGAUCGGAGCCAUGAUAUCGGAGAGCGUCUUGGAAAGCGUGGCGAAGAGUCGAAGGACUUUAUUGAUUAUCAGCGACAAUUAUGCCAAGUCUCAGUGGUGUCGGUGGGAGAGCCAAAUAGCGGAACACCACAGGUUGUUCUUUGAGGAUCAGAACGGAGAGUACGUCGAUGAUACGUUGGUCCUGAUCAAGUUGGGGCCGGUUAGCGGGAAUCAUUUGACGCCCACGUUGCGGUACUUGUUGAAGACGAGGAUUUAUCUGCAGUGGGAGCUGGAAGAGAAGAAGCAGAAGAUGUUCUGGGAUAAGUUGAGGAAUGCCCUGGCGCCGCCCAAACAUGAACAAGUUGUUCUGGAGAAUACUCGGAUGUAGUCAGUUCCUAUUUUUUAGUUACGAAUACUCGCAGUGUGUUCAGAGAGUGUCUUAACGUUAUUUGAAAACUCGAUCUCUAUAGGGCGAGUUAAUUUUGGCACUUUCGAGGACAUACACAAAAAUUGUUUUUUGUAAAAAAAAUAUAUUUGAGGUAAUGAUAUUGUGAGAAACAACUACUCUGCUGGUUACAUGCUGUUUAUCAGUUCUAAUCGAUAUGAGAUGACCAAUGAACCAGUUAGCUAUUUGGAUAUCUAGGUAUUUACUGACAUGUUUUGAAUGGGUCGAAUAUAAUCUACAAAAUAUAUGUAAUACCUUAAAUAUCAUUGCUAUUCGAUGCCUACUGGCAGAGAGUGACCUACUAAUCUGUAAUACCAGCAAGUAUUAAGUAAUACUGCAAUUUAAUAUAUUAUAUACAGGGUGAUUCAGAACUUAUUAAAAAAAAUCUGACCUUACACAAG